GUAGUACCAGAGGGGGUGAUGAGCCACGAGGUUCUCCUCGGUACAGACAGUUGGGCGCGUUUCCCUGUGAGGGAGUGUAGUGAUGAAAGGGAGGGUGAGAGAACUCUAAGAUUGAAAACCUCUCUACCUCCUACCCAAACACCUACGGUUGACCAGGAUGCUGAGCCGGAGGUGGUAGCGUACAUCGAGUCACCAGACCAUGAUGGCAGCGAGCAUCAUUUGAUUUUUGAUUCCACGAAAGACGUGCAAUAUUUUACAGACCAGAGGCUAUGGGCACGGGUGCCGACGCAUGUACGUGAAGUGAAUUUUGGGUUGGGGCAUGACGCUUGGACGGCCAAGGACAUUGAUAGCUUAGCGGGUGUAUUAGUGGAGCAUGCAGAUCGGUUGUCGGCGCAUAAGACUGAUCUAGGGCACUGCACCGCCUUGCCGUUUCGCAUUGACCUGAAACCAGCUGUGUUGAAGAAGGAUGGUAGAUUGGGGUUGACAUGCAACUUUAAACGGUUAAAUGAGGCGACAAUCGUUCCCGUUUUCCCCAUGCCCUUAGUCAGCGAUCUCAUCUCGGCGCUGGGAGGGAGCAAGGUCUUCUCGGUCCUCGACCUGAUGAGCGGGUACUUUCAGGCUGCCAUCGACGAGUCGAGCAUCCCUCUGACGGCCGUCUGCACUUCAUUCGGGUUGUUCGAAUGGACCCGGACUCCACAAGGAUGCUUCGGGAGCCCGGUGAACUUCCAGUCGCUGAUGGCUAAGGUGUGUGAUGGGUUGAAAAGGAUUAAAGUGUAUCUAGACGACGUGAUUGUGCCGUCCCUCACGGCCGCUGAGCACGUGGCGCAGUUGAGGGAGUUGUUGGUGCGGUUUACGGAGUCUGACCUAAAGCUGUCCCCCAAGAAGGCCCACAUCGGCUCGGCAGAGGUUACGUUUCUGGGGCAAUUGAUAACCCCUUUUGGCGUGCAGCCCGAUCCUAAAAAGACAGACGCAAUGGCCCAGAUAAAAAUGCCCAAGACUAAGAGUGAAUUAAGGUCUAUGUUAGGUUCGGUAUCGUACCUUCGAAAUUUUUUCCCCAAUUUAGCGAGGAAUAUCACGGACCUGACCGCCCUUCUCGAGAAGGACGCACACUUCAAGUUUACGGCACACCAUGAACAGCUGACCAAAGCGGUGUUGGCCCAGCUAGCAAGUUUCGAGGUGUUGGCUUUCCCCGACUAUGCCGCCGCCAUCGAUGGCGCUCGUAAAUUUCGACUCACGACCGAUGCCAGUAUCUCUGGUUUUGGUGCGGUACUGGAACAACCGCAAGAGGAUGGGACCGUCCGUCCUCUAGUGUACAUAAAUGUAGAUCGACCCUACCGAACGAAGCGAACUGGGAUGUCAGCUCGCUGGAGUGUGGAGCGUUGGUGUGGGCCAUUAGGAAAUUGCGUGUAUAUUUGUAUGGCAUUCCAUUUGAAGCAUUCACCGACCACCAGCCGCUUCUAUCUUUUAUUUCUAUGGGUGAAAAGAAACCACGCGUUCGACGCAUCAUGUGAUUUCUUAUCGGCUUACUCGUUCGCCCUGUCCUAUCGCAAGGGCAAAGAGGNCAGCUCGCUGGAGUGUGGAGCGUUGGUGUGGGCCAUUAGGAAAUUGCGUUACCUGCCGGGGCUAAUUCUCCAUGGGCAUCCGAUCGGCGCCACAGCAACCGAGGGGGACGUCACGGGCCUCCUGGUGGAUGUACGGGUGGUCACCAGGUCGUCGCGUCCAUCGACACGGUCCACCACGGCGGCGGCAGCGCGGAGGCCCCGUCGGGCGCGGGAUGUAGGGGUUGAGGAAUCGCCGACACCGGGGAGGGCUGCCACCGCCCACGGGGACGCGGCGCCGGCGCCGGCGGGGGGCCGCCCCUCCCGCCCGCAGGGAACACCGGCGGCGCGCACACCGGCGGCGAGGGGGAGGGGGGCACAUUCGUCGGCAGCGGGGCACAAGCAACGGUCGCGGCGCUCCCCCGGCCAGCGAGGGGCGGCAGAGGCGGCCGCGAGAGAGGCGCAACAGCACGCCGACGACCCCGCCGCCGCCCCCACCUCAACAGCCCCUGGCCAGCGAAGGCCAGGGGUUGAGGAGUCGCCGACACCGGGGAGGGCUGCCACCGCCCACGGGGACGCGCCGCCGGCGCCGGCGGGGAGCCGCCCCUCCCGCCCGCAGGGAACACC